CAACGUGUGUGGCUUCUAAAUAGUCGCUUUGAGGCCCCUAGGAUAGUAGCCCGUUUCAUUUUGGUAGGGCUUUAGUAAUUUAGUAAUCAGCUGCACGCAUCUCACUGCACUCCAUUUCUCACUAAACUUACGUCGAUUCGCGUUUGCCGGUAUAUGUUUGCCGUGCAAGCUUUGUCACGCGUUUUCGGUGCGGCAGUAUGAACCGAGAUACCGAUAUCGUUUACACCCGCCUUCCCGGGACGAAGGUAACCGACGAGCACUUAAUAGCCUGUUCGAAGCUGUUUUCCGAGCAUUAUGGAUUGUGGGGCCGGCAACCCGACCCCAAAGCUCCUGGACCCAAGCCCGGCUCACGAGUCCGUUUGAGUCCUGAGCGACUCCGGCAACAGAGCCUCUACGACCCAGAGCGCUGUAGCCUAGUUACCGCACACCUAGGCGACGAGCUAAUCGGCCACGCCUUCGUAACCGAAUUCGAGUACGGCAGUUUCGGAUCCGUCAGCUGGAUCACGCAGCUGGUGGUGCGGACCGACCAGCGAAGCCGCGGCAUCGGCUCCCGGCUCUGCCGCAUCGCCUGCAGCCCCAGCCCCAAGCCCUUUGCCUGCGGGCUGGUCAGCUCCCACCCGCACGCGGUGCGUGCGCUAGAGCGCGGUGUUGGACUCCGAUGUGACGUGGAUAGCAUCCAGCGUCACGCGGCCGGGCUGGUUGCGGCCAGCGGGAUUCCCUAUGUGCAGGGCUGCCAGGUGGUUGGGUGCUGCAUCGACACGGCUUUCCACGUGGACCACACGGAGGUGGACGAGCUUGCCCGGCACCAGGCGGGGUGGGCGCUGGGGCGGCUAGCGGAGGGGCAGGAGUACUUUGGGUUCGCCUUUGCUGCCACGUCGGAGAGUUGUACGGGCGACAGCGGGAACAGGGUAGCAGUGGAGGUAGGGGCGUAAGGGAGGGGCUAGGUAAGUGCCUGUGACGGAGGACGAAGAGCUCAAGAGCCUUGAGGAGGACGUUGCGGCUGAGGAGGGGGGAACAGGGUUGUGCGUCCCUUGCCGGUGUAGGGCUUUGGGCAGCGUCGUUGGCGUUAGUCGAGUGUGGCUAGACGGGGCCUUAAGUGCCUGCCGGUAUGGUGCUAGUGCUGAAGUGGCGAAGGUAGCGGUCCGGGGAUUGUGGGCGCCUGGAAAGAGGUAUCA